UCCCUCCGCUGCAGGAAGAGCCUGAAAGUCAACGAUCCGGGAGGAAAGGCUGAUAGUUUGAUCGUCUCUCCUGAUGCAGGAAACUUUUCUGCUGUUCAUAAAUAAAUAAUUGUUGUCUGGAUGUAGCUAUGAGAUGGAGACCCAGAUCACCUUUAUUUGCUUAUUUCUAGUGAUUCUGGGAUUUUCUGCUGGUCAGGAAGUGAAGGAGAAUCUGACAGGAAUCGUUGGAGGAACCAUCACUCUACCUGGUGCUGUCACUGAGAAAGGAUUUCUUUUAUAUGAAAGAACAAUCAUUGUUUCAGUGUUUAAUGGUGAAUUUGAUAUUUAUGUGAACAUUUACAAGAACAAACUUCAGUGGAACCGAAGCUCUGGACUCUUUACGAUCUCAAACCUGCAGAAGAACGACUCAGGAAUCUAUACAGUUCAAAAAGGCGAAUUUUCUUCUUCAUAUAAGCUUCAAGUUUAUGAUCCAGCACCGACUCCUGCAGUAACACCAGUUACUGUGACCUCUGACCCCUGCCUGUUGAUCUGCUCUGUGGACAAACCAGCGACUCUGCUGUGGAUCAGAGACAAAGAAAUACAGAACCAGAGCCGCUCUGCUCUGUCUUUACCUGUUACUGUCCAUAAGGAGGAUAGAAACUCAUCAUAUAGAUGUGUAGCAGCCAAUCCUGCAGAGAACAAGACUGUUGAUGUUAAUGUGACCACUUCCUGUUGGCUCAGCAAAACAGAAGAUUCUGAUUCCAAAAGAAAUUAUUGGAUUGCAGGUGGUCUCUGCAUUGGGUUUAUUGUAUUGAUUGGUUUUGGAUUCCUGCUGAUCCAGAAGAAGUUUCUGGGCCAAAAAUCAUCAGGCAGUCAAACACAAGCAGGUUCAGUAAGAGAAGAGGAAGUCCAGUAUACGCCAAUUCAUUUUAAGGAUAAAAGACAAAAUCAGGGAGAAAAUAUUCCAGAACCAUCAGGAAGCAGCGACAACAAUCUGACAACAGUUUAUGCUAAACUGGAGCCUCCAACCACAGACCAGAACCUGCUAACAGCUAACAGCUAGCGGCUAACAGCUAGCGGCUAACAUUUCAGCUGUUCCUUUCCUCCAAGCUGUAAAACAGCUCAGUUUAAAUAUAUAAAUAUAAUAAAUCCCUGCAGAUAUUAAGCAGCUUAUUAUAUUAAUUUUUAUUGUUGGCUGUACAGGACUCCAUACAUUUCCUGUUUCUUGUAUUAAGUUUUAUAUUUGUGCCUUGAAUUGUUUGUGAAUAUUAAGAAUAUUUUGUUACAAACAUUGCAGCAUUUCAUUUUUUGUACUGUUUGCUAAAAGCAGCUUAGAAUGUGGUAAUAAAUGACUCAAUGACUGGCUUUGUUUCAGGACAGGAAGCUGUUUGUGGUGGGAUGACCUCUGGGUUCAGGCUCAGCUGGACUCUGCUCAGGGAUUACAGUUCUCUCUGCAGGUCAACACUUUAGGAUGAAAUAUCUGCAGGUGAUGGAGGCGGAGUCAAAUAUCUGACUCCACCUCCACAAAUAUUUGACUCACAAAACGCAGAAACUUCAGAAUCAAAGCAUUCAAGCAUCAGUGGAAGCUAAUCCUAUAAAUAUGGAGUCAGUGUUGAAAUAUAGAUGUAGAUAUGGAUAUAGAUCUAGAAUAAAAAGGUUUUUACUUCGAGGUUCCAGUGAUCAGUAGGAAGAACCGGUCCAACGUUUUUAUGUUCCUUUACUUUAAGCUGUUAUGAUGUGUGAAUAUUAAUUUUAGUUGUUGAAGGUUUCAAUCAUCUAGAUUUUCCUGGUUUUGUCUUCUUGUCAAAUCCUGAUAUAUUUUUAUAGAUCCUGUUAUUUUUCUAUACUUCCUUGUUGUUUUUAUGAUUUAAUCGUUUCUCCACCUGUUGUGUUUCCCAUCAUUGUUCGCCUCUGUUCUUGUUCUUUGUUUGAUCAUAUCAGUAGUUCAUGUUUUCUCUGCUGAAGCCCAUAUUUAUGUUUCCACGCCGCGCCCUGCAGCGUCGCUGGGAUUAUUCAGCACCAGCUGCAGGAAAACGUUUGAUUCUGAGCUUCUGCUUAACUUUAGCUUCAUAACGUUAGCUUCAUAAUGUUAGCUUCAUAACGUUAGCUUCAUAACUUUAGCUUCAUAACAUUAGCUUCAUAACGUUAGCUUCAUAACAUUAGCUUCAUAACGUUAGCUUCAUAACGUUAGCUUCAUAACGUUAGCUUCAUAACGUUAGCUUCAUAACUUUAGCUUCAUAACAUUAGCUUCAUAACAUUAGCUUCAUAACGUUAGCUUCAUAGCUUUAGCUUCAUAACGUUAGCUUCAAAACGUUAGCUUCAUAAUGUUAGCUUCAUAACAUUAGCUUCAUAACAAUUAGCUUCACAAUGUUAGCUUCAUAACUUUAGCUUCAUAACGUUAGCUUCAAAACGUUAGCUUCAUAACGUUAGCUUCAUAACGUUAGCUUCAUAAUUUUAGCUUCAUAACAUUAGCUUCAUAACAUUAGCUUCAUAACGUUAGCUUCAAAACGUUAGCUUCAUAACGUUAGCUUCAAAACGUUAGCUUCAUAACGUUAGCUUCAUAACGUUAGCUUCAUAAUUUUAGCUUCAUAACAUUAGCUUCAUAACAUUAGCUUCAUAACGUUAGCUUCAUAACAUUAGCUUCAUAACGUUAGCUUCAUAACUCUAGCUUCAUAACGUUAGCUUCAUAAUGUUAGCUUCAUAACUCUAGCUUCAUAACGUUAGCUUCAUAACUCUAGCUUCAUAACGUUAGCUUCAUAAUGUUAGCUUCAUAACUCUAGCUUCAUAACGUUAGCUUCAUAAUGUUAGCUUCAUAACAGUAUUACAGUAAUAAAACCUGGAACCAGCAGAAAUCCCUCUGAAUGCUAAUCCUGUAGCUUCAGCAGCUCUAAGCUAACAUCAUCCAGCUGGAAACCAUAAAUCUUUGUUUCUCUGGAGACAAAAAUGAAGUUUAAUAAACUUUGUAGUUUGCUAAA